CUGUCCUAAACGACUGUGAAGCCACACUCCACAAUGAACAGCUGUAGAAGAAUAGCCUGUAGUGACUGGAAAUCCGGCCUGAACGUCAUCCUUUCUCGGGUCAAACCGCGGACUAAUUGCCGCCAAUGUCUGCAGGCAGCACCGUCCCUGAGCCGGUGCCAGGCCACCUACGCUAGACCCGCUCCAGGCUCCGACACGGGGGAGAAACCCCGGUUAAGGGCGAUCGACCUGGCGCAGGAGGUCCAGCAGGAGAAGACGAAACCACAGGACGGGGCGCAGCCAGCGACAGAGCAUGCACCGCCGUCCGGCCAGCAGAAGAGGCUGGUGGAGCUGAAACGCUUCACUCAGCAGCUGCAAAAUGUUCAUCCCAACGUGCUGGCCAAACAUCUGCACAGAGGCGUGCUGUACAAGGACAAAGAUAUGGUGAUCAUCAACAAACCUUAUGGUGUUCCUGUCAGAGAUGAAUGUGGGGCGACAUCCAUCUCCUCUGUGCUUCCUGUUCUCUCCAAAAUGAUGGAUGGAAUGAAGAUCAAGUCUGAUACGCAGCUGCUCCCAUGCCUGAGGCUGGAGAAGGAGACAACAGGAGUGCUCCUGCUGGUCAGGAGUGCAGAAGUAGAGAAGCACAUACUCAACCUUCGCAAAAAUAACCAAGUGCAGAGAAAGUACUGGGUCGUCACAGUUGGUGUACCCGUUCCAUCUGAAGGCGUGAUCGACAUUCCCAUCAUAGAGAGAGAAGUCCCAGGCCCUCGGCCACACUACAAGAUGGGUCUCAGUCCUCUUUUCAAAAUGAAUGUUGUGGGCGACGGGCUGACCAAAGUCCGCGGUCAUCGGCAAGCUCAACCUGCAAUGACCAAGUACAGAGUCCUGGACAGCAGCAAUGGUUGCAGCCUCGUGGAGCUCCAGCCUUUCACUGAAGUGAAGCACCAGAUGAGGGUUCACAUGGCACUUGCUCUGACAUGCCCCAUUCUUGGUGACCACAAAUAUUCCCACUGGGAAAAACUGGCACCUCAGAAAUUACCGGAACGUAUCCGGACAAGGCUUGGACUGGAACAGAGCAAGAUCCGGUAUCUUCCUCUUCACAUUCUCGCUCGACAGCUGACGCUGCCAGGAACCAAACAAGCCGACGUCAGCGUGACCUGUCCCCUGCCUAAAUACUUCAACCAAAGCUUGAGUCGACUGCGUUUAACACUUCCCGAUGAAAAGGACGAUGAAUAACCACCGCUUUUUCUUUUUUGUUCAAUUCUUAGCAAUCCGAGUGAUGUUUAAAUGUAGUGGGCAUCGGUCGUGAAGGAAGAGUUAAAUUAAAUUAUAUGAAACUGGGUUAUUUGUGAGGUUAUGCAAAAUUAUCAAACGGAAAAUGUAUAUUGCUAUACAACUCAUUUUUUAGUAAUAAACAAAAUGAAGCACAACUGUAUCACAACUAUUUGUGUCAAUGUAGUUAAUCCAAAUGUACAGGUCAUUUCAGGGGAGGCAUCACUGGGCUGCUGUUCGCGUGACAAGUCAUUAAAAAAAAAAAAAAA